CGCAGUUAGUGCGUUCGAACUUGUUUUCUCGUGAACACCGUUGAAUCGUUACAUCGUUGGAAAUUUAUUUUCGCACACGACAGAUUGUAAAUUAAUUUUUUAACCUGCAACUUUUGUUUCCGUACGUUGCCACGAAGUAGCGGGAAAAAAUCGUUUAGCAUUCUACGUGUGUAGUUAAAAUACUGUUAGCGCGUUCGUUGCGCAUUUACCAGCGUUGUGUGUAAAUAACAGUGUUAGGUGUGUUUUUUUCUCGGUUUAUUUUGUUAGCGGUUUUUCAUGCACAUGUUGAAAUAUUAUUUGUAUGUGGCAUACAUGAUAUACCUUUCUUGACAGACUGAUCUAUGCGUUCGAUUAUUUGCGGGUCUUGUUUACUCCGUGCACGCUGCUAACAGGAACACUCACGUCCUUGAAACACUUAGGAACAAAAAUAUUUGAAUUCCUUACUUUCACCGAAACAGGACGCAUGAAUAUGUCGGAUAACGAAAAUAACACCGAACCCGUUUCGAAACAAACCACUCUGUGCAACAGUAACUUACAGUAUUACAAAUGGAUCUAUGAAACCUGGUGAGUAUGAAGCGCUCGAUCCAACCCCUCCUUGUUGACCAUACGCAGCUCACUCCAAUGGAAAUGUCCACAAGUCGUUCUGUGAACUUCAGUCGGUAACGAUGUUUUACAGAUUAUUUACAAUUCUAAACUGUUAUUUGUGAAAUUAAGUGGAUAUUCCAUUCUGUCAUUUAAUAAGAAGGAAUGGUCUCCACUCGAGGACCAAAAUUUAAAUUCUGUGAUGGUGAAAAAGUUCUUUGUUAUGAACCUGAUCCUACAAAAGCAAAAGUACUCUAUGAUUCGAAGGUGCUUGAUGUUAUAGUUAAUAAAGACCAAAGAGGAAGAAAAGCCGUUGAAUACUUGAUACAUUUCCAGGGAUGGAAUUCAUCAUGGGACCGAUGUGUAACAGAGGAGUAUGUGUUAAAAGAUACAGAAGAAAAUCGUCAAUUACAACGGGAUUUAGCCCAGAAAGCGCAAUUACAAUUGGGAGCUUAUUUAUAUCGACGAGAGCGUAAGAAAAGAAGCCAUAAAUUAUCUGAUCGCUUAAAUGAAACUGAAAAUCAAGAACCACGAAGAAGAGCAAGAAGUGGUGGUAGUCGAGCAACAUCUGCAACAACUGGAUCAUCAGAAGAUGGUAGUUCAGGGCAACAUGCUGAUUAUGACACAGAAGAAGUAAUAACUGAAGAGGAUACAGAAAGUAGUUCUGACUAUGUUGGAGAAACCAGUGAUGAUGAAGAUAGCGGAGGUGGCAGUCAGUCUGGAGCCAGUGUAAAACCAGGAAUUGAUCUUGAUAUAGGUACCAUGUUAAGAAGAAUUCUAGACCAAGACUAUGAUUUAAUAACUAACAAAAAGAAGCUAGCUGUUCUACCAGCUCAACCUACUGUUGUAAACAUGUUGGAAUCAUGGGUACAACAUUUCACAACAACACAAUUAACAAACAUUCCAGAAAAACCUCAGAGAAACAAAACGAAUAAUACAAUAGAGAAAACGAUCAAUGAAAUAAACAUAUGUAGAGAAGUUGCAGAUGGAUUGCGUAUAUACUUUGAUUUUACGUUACACGAUCUUCUACUAUAUAGGCAAGAACGAGAACAGUACUGUAAUUUGAAAUCAUCUUUUUUGUAUAGUGAACAUCCAACGCUUGUAAAGGAAGAACCAAUUGAGAGUUCCGAAAUAUUAGUUAAAGAAGAAUAUGAAGAUACUGAAUACGCUCAUUUACCACCAUUUCAAGAACAUGAUUCAGAAAUCGACAAUGCAUCAAAAACUGUGGCAGGUUCCAAACGAAGACUUAGAUCGUGUAGAGUGAGCUCUAUUGAUGAGAAUAGGCAACUGAGAUCUUAUGAAGAAAUUAAACCAGAUACAGGGACUUUAUCAAGUAUUGCAAGUACAAGUUCUCGUUGUUCUAGCCCACGCGGUGUAACGUUAAGAAUACCGGUUGUUACAUCUGCACAAGUCAAUGCUUUGCUUCAGCAAGCAAAUAAAUGGAGAUUAAUGCCUGAAUCAUCAAAGACAGCAGGUCCGCCAAAUCCUUCUACCUAUUAUGGUGCCAUUCAUUUAACUCGACUAUUUGUUAAAUUACCAGACUUACUUCAAUCGGCAGAUAUACCAAAUAAAAAAUUAAAAGUUCUCCUGAAAUUUUUAGAUAUGUUUCUCAGUUACCUAGAAAUGCAUAGAGAAUGGUUUGGAGAACAAUUUUACAUGCAAAUGGAAAAUCAAUUGAUUCCUCAAGCAAGUAAUUCUUAACAUAGUAGCACUGACAUGCAUACCUUCCCUAUAUUCAAUUACAGAUAUGAUUGUGUAUACAUUAUGUGAGUACUAUGUAUGGUGUACAGCGAAUGUAUGUGAAGUCGGUGUAAGCGAUAAACGCAAUUUUAUAUUAAUUACUAAGUAGUGUUUUAUAUGCCUUUCAUAAUACAACUUUCCCAGCAAAUUACUUCUAUUCAAUUUAUAAUUAUCUUUACACAAUUUUCUUUCUAAAUAAAACUUUUCAAUAAAAUAUCAGUAUUUAUUUUCGUGCUCGAUUAAACAUUGAACAUUUCUUAUAAAAAUAUAGUUGUCAAUUAUCUAGAAAAAGGGAUUUCUCGCUGAUUUUUAUGACUUUGAAAUAUAUUGUUCAGAAUCACAUUUCCUAUAAUAUAUGAGGUCAUUGAA